UUUUCCUGGGAGCAGGGAAAUCGACUGAGAAUCACCCAUUUAUUUUUAUCAGCGCUUUUCAUUCCCUUUCGCUCGCUAGUGGAUCGGCAUAGGGCUGCCCGGAGCGGCCGCUGUUAUCCGCUUAAUCUGUAUGCAUGCGAGCAUUGAGGGUUCGGUAACAACUGCGAGCAAGGGGUUGCUCGGCAUCUCUCCGUCUUUACUGCCAAGGGAGGCGCUUAGCGGCAUAUCCUGCCAACUGCCCUCAGCAUGCAGCACACGGACACACAAUAGCGAGUUGCUAGCGCUUUUGGGCGCUAGCCUUGACAGGCGUGUCUUUUCGUCCCGGCUGCUUUUCACCAAUCAUUCAUUGCAAAGUAGCACCUGCUUUCUAUUCCUCGGAAGCGGGACAUGAAGCCAUGUGGCUCUCGAUUGGGCCGGUGUCUACCGAUAUGGAUUCUCUUUCUGCUCAGCACGCACACUAAUAGCUUGAUAAAUAACAAUGGCAUACGGGUUUUCAAU